AUGGACCGCCUACAGCUCUCCGACGAAGACACUGAAGCCCUCUGGGAUUCACCUUCGAAACACGAAACGAAGAGAUUGAAUCAGAGUUACAUAAAGCAAGAGAGCUCGUCUCCUGUUCCCAGAGCCGACCAUGAAGAUGAAACUCUUUUCGACCAGCAGGAGGCCAGGGAGGCUGCGCUAAGGAGCGAACUGCAAAGCCUGCGCAACAUUAACCAGGUUAUUGAGAGUCUACUCGGUAGUCUCGAUUGGGCAAAGGGAAAUAUGGAGACUGUUUCACGGACCAUAAACUCGGCCUCGACCCUACUCAACACCUGGACGCGUAUUCUAUCGCAAACGGAACAUAACCAGCGCGUCAUAUUGAAUCCCAAUUGGCAAGGUGCUUCUCAGGAUGCUGCCGACCUAGAAAACGAGGAAUAUCUCAGGCAAGAGGCUGCGGAGAGGCGAGAAAGAGAACUCCAGCAGCAAAGAGAAGCCGCUGCGCGCAAGGCCGAGGAGGACGAGAGGAGGAGGGCUCAAUCAGCAGGUACCAGAGCCCCCGUCGCCUCCAAAAUGAACUUCGCUCCCUAUCAGGAUGAGUCGCCCGAGGUAGAGCGCGCGUUCUCGCCGUCUUUCGAGGCGAACCGCACCAAAUCCCCGCCCGUCCGAUCUCCUCACGGCUCUUCCCCAGUUCCAGGCUUCACCUCCGCCGACGGUCUUCCAUCGCCGAACCAGUUCGCCGGCAAUGGCCAUAUUAGCACAAGCGGACACGGUAAUACUGGAUAUGGCAGAGGAGAUUUGGAGGGUGGAAGAUGGAAUCUGGGGGCCUUUGAGACGAGUCUGCCUAUUCGGAUGGAUGUUGAAGCUAUGCUGGCAUAUCUACUUCUUCCCCCGGCUGGCGGAGUCUUUCUCCUCCUGUUAGAGCAUAAGAGUGACUAUGUUCGGUUCCAUGCGUGGCAGUCCAGCAUGCUCUUCUCCGCCAUGUUCGUACUCCACCUUAUCUUCGUGUGGUCCAGCUUCUUCUCCUGGCUAUUCUUCAUCUGCGACAUCGUAAUGAUCGGUUUUCUCAGCCAGCGGGCUUAUCGUGAUGUUGAUACUCUCGAACACUUCGAGGUCCCAUUCUUCGGUCGGCUCGCAAACUCAUUUGUCGACAACGAGUAA